CCGUGCCCGCCUGGCCCCGCCGCGUCCCGGCAGCGGCGGCCUCGCAGAGCGGCACAUGGCGGCCCUGCGCACCCUCCUGCUCCUCGGGCUGCUCCUCACGGCGCGGGGGCAGAGGGCGGCACAGAGACGGCGGCCGCCCCGUCCCCAGAGUCCGCUGGAGAAGGUGGUGGCUCAGGAGGGGCUCAGCCUCCAGCAGCUCUCAGGGAAGUGGUUCCUGGUCGGCAUGGCCUCCCACUGCAGCUACCUGGCAGAGCACAGCCACCAGCUGGAGGCCACGAUGGUGACGGUGACCGUCCUGGAUGGGCAGAGCCUGGCCAUCAGCACCUUCAGGAAGCUGGACAGGAUGUGCUGGGAGAUCAGGCAGCACUACCUUCCCGCGCAGGCCCCCGGACGCUUCCUGCUGAAGGGCCGUAGGAAAAGCAGUAAGGUGGAUGUGGUGGUGGGUGAGGCCGACCCCAGCAGCUUCACCAUCCUCUAUUACCAGAAGGGCCACAGCAUCUCUGUUAAGCUCUAUGGACGGACCAGCCUGGUCAGUGAUGCCGUCGUGGACAAGUUUGAGCAGCACGUCAGGGCUGUGGGUCUGAGUGAGGAUGUGACCUACUACUUCCCCACCUACGGGUUUUGUGACUCUGCAGAUGAGUUUCACAUCCUUGAUGAAACGAAGCUGUAGGUGCAGACGGAGUUGCCACGGGGUCCCAGACCUCAGCCCUCACCUCAGCCAGCUGCCCAUGGCCACACAGGUCUGAGCCACACUUUCAUCAGCUCCCACUGCUGCUCUACAGCUUGGAGUCAGCCCUGGGGCUCCUCAGCCCCUCCAGCUGUGCUGGCAGCUGCGUCUGUCCUUGUCCUGUGCCCCCCAGCUUGUGUCCCCCCUCUGCUCUGUGCCCCACUCUCCUGCAGCAGCCAGCAGCACCCCAAUAAAUGCCUCAGAGAAGA